AUGCUCGAAAAGUAUCCUUAUAGGUACAAAAGUCAUAUAGAACAUUUAACAAGAGAUUCAACUUUCUCUAGCGUAAGUUCAACUGACGCAACAUUAGUCGACGAAGCUACUUCUUCUCAUGGAAAAAAUACCAUAUCAUCUAUAUCAUCAGACACAUCCUCCAAUUUUCAACAUCGUCAACAUGUUAAUUUCGCUAGUUUCGAAAAAGUAGUUGAUGAGAAAAAUAAUUUAUAUCAGGAUAGUCCGAUAAUAUGCAUAAAUGACACACCGACUUCGAAUUAUGAUGAACCACAAAUAAGUAUGGAUCCAAAGAAAUCGAUUUACACACCGGUCCAAAAACCUCUACCGGCCACCACCAAACCCUCUUUUUUUCACAUUUUUCAAUUCGCAUCAAUAUUCGAUUUCUUUCUUAUGGCUUUAGCUAUCUUUUUCAGUCUGCUGCGCGGGUUAAUAGUUCCAUUAAUGACUAUUUUAUUGGGAAAUAUCUUUAAUUCAUUCACCGAACAACAACUCGGAACAAUAACAAAUCAAAUCUUUAUUCAGCAAAUUAAUGUUUCAGUAUUGGAAUUCACUUCACUUGGAGUUUGUGCUUUCAUUUUUACUGCUUUAAUGACAGCUUUGUGGAGUUGGACUGCUGAACGACAAGGAAGGCGUAUGAAGGAUGUUUAUUUUAGAUCUUUAUUAAAAAUGCCAAUCGAUUAUUUUGAAGAUCCUGAGAUUACUUCUGGAGGUCUCUUAACUAAUACUGAAAAUAUUCAAAAUGCUAUAUCUGAUGACAUUGGUCAAGUUAUAGAAUACUCAGUGACAGCUAUGAGCUGCCUUGUCUUGGCAUUUACUAAAAAUGCUAUUCUAUCUCUUGUAAUAUUAGCUUCGAUGCCUUUAGUUUUUAUCACGUUGGCAUAUACUACAGCCAAAGCGAAUCCAUUAUUAUCUAAAGAACGUGAUAUAUUUAUGAAAGCUGGUAAUGUACUCGAAAAUAGUUUAUCAGCCAUCAAAACUAUUAAAUCAUUUAAUGGUGAAGCAAAAGAAGAAAAGAAACAUUUUGAUAAUCUACAAGAAGUAAAUAAUGUUUCGGCUAAUCUUGCUUGGAUUUACGCCAUAAGAGUAGGAAUGAUACAGUUUCUUAUACUUUCGUUAUUUGUUCAAGGAUUUUGGUUCGGUUCAAUAUUAGUAUCAGAGAAUAAACUUGCCCCGGGUGAUGUUUUAAGCAUUUUUUACGCCAGCUUGCUCGGUGCUAGUGUGCUUAAAGAAGUAUUACCCAAAUUGGCGUCGAUAGCGAAAGCGAAAGAUGCGGUUAAACAUAUAAACAUUUUAUUAGAAAAGGUGACUAUUAUAGAUUUGAGAGCAUUAAGAGGUUUUACAUUAACAGAGAUAAAAGGAGAUAUAGAAUUUAAUGACAUUAGCUUUUCAUAUCCUACUCGUCCUGAUACAUAUGUAUUGAAAAAUAUAAAUUUAACCAUUCCGGCUGGAAAAACAACUGUAUUAGUUGGGCAAAGUGGUUCUGGAAAAUCUACAAUAACUCAAUUAAUUCAACGAUUAUAUGAACCAAGUGAAGAUGAGGCAUCAAGUGCGCUUGAUGUGACUUCUGAUUCAAUGGUACAAAAAGCACUUCAAAACAGCCGUGUAGGUCGAACCACUAUUGUAGUUACUCAUCAACUAGCCAAUAUAGCAGAAACAGAUUUCGUUUAUGUGUUACAUGAAGGUGAAGUGGUCGAACAUGGUACUCCAGCUGAGCUUCUCAAAAAUUCUAAAGGACACUAUUCAAAACUAGUCGAAGAAUCGUUGGCAACACCUAAUCCUAAAAGACAGACUCCUCAAUUAGAUCUAAUUAACAUGAAGCUAAAACGAUCUGAUACAUUACCAAUUUAUAAAAAUAAAGAACAACAUUUGAACUAUCUUACCGCUGAGAAUAUACCAACAGGAUCACUUUUAAACCGUUCAGUAAGCAUGCGAACUUCACAAAGAGCAGGAUGGCGACAAUCUCUUUAUGAAGAAAGUCUUGAUACCAAUGUAAUGGAUGUUCUUAAUGAUACAGCUUUAGCGGCAAUUUCAAAACGUAAUGAAAACCGAAUUUCAUAUUUUGGUAUUCUAAGUUAUUAUGAACAAAUUGAUGAUGAAGGUAUAAUAGAAAUUUUGACUAGCUCUAAUAGCACUAAUGAUUCAACGAAUGAAAAAUCACGCAUAAGUUUUAAAAAAAUGAUUAUAGACACAAUGCAAAAUAGAAUUCUAUAUUCUCUUGGUCUAUUCGCUUCACUCAUCAAUGGAUUUGUUAUGCCAAUAUUUUCAUUCGUUCUUGCCAGUUUGCUUAACACUUUUGCAAUUCCAGACAAAUCAUUACUUCAACAAGAAGCCAAAAUGUAUGCGUUAAUCGUAUUAGGAAUAGCAAUUAUGAAUGGAAUUACUGCACAUGCUAAAUAUUAUUUACUUGAAAGAGCUUCGGAACAAUGGGCAAUUCGAUUACGUCAUUUAGGAUUUGGAAAAGUAUUACGGCAGCCUCAAUCUUGGUUCGAUGCACCAGAUCAUGCAGUUGGAAAAAUCGUGACAAUACUUGUUAAUGAUACUGAUACAACUAAAAAUUUAAUAGGACGCUUUAUAGGAAAUAUGACAUAUGGACUUGUCUCAUUACUUGGAGGGAUGAUUUGGGCCUUUGUUAUUGGAUGGCAAUUAACUUUAGUAGGAUUCGGACUGGUUCCGGUAUUACUUAUUGCAUCUGAAUUACAAGCUUAUGUUUUACAAAAAUAUGAAAAGAAACAAAAGGCCGCAAAUGAAGAAGCAGCAAACUUGUUUUAUCAAAUGGUUUCUAGCAUUAGAACAGUAUUUUCACUUGCUAUUGAAAGAGCAAUGCAAGAGAAAUUCCAAAUAGCACUUAAAGUUCCAUUUAAAAUUGGAGUUCGUAAAGCGUUCGUUUGUGGAUUUACAGCUGGACUUUUGGAAUCAUUUAGUUAUUUUUCAAAAGCAUUAACAUUUUGGUAUGGUGCACAACUAGUAUCUCAAGGGAUUUAUAAUCUAGAAAUGAUGCUGCAAGUUUGGACAUUAGUUAUAUUUUGCACUACUGCGGCUUCACAAAUGUUAGCUACUAUUCCAUAUUUCGCUAAGAGUAAACAAGCUGGAAAGUCAGUGGCAAGGAUACUUAGUUUAUCUGAGGAGGAUACAACGUCUGGUAAAAAACUUGAUGAUAUGCAAGGAAAAAUUGAAUUCAGAAACAUUCAUUUUUCAUAUCCUGGACGACCAGACGCAAAGAUAUUGGAUGGAUUAGAUUUAGAAUUAAACCCGGGAGAAUCUGUAGCAUUAGUUGGAAGAAGCGGAAAUGGAAAAUCCACA